GAGCGGUUCUCUGUUAUCAUUCCGCUUAUUUGGCAUAAAAAAAGUUCUCACGACUUAUAUUUGAUUCAUCGAUGUAUAUGUAAUUGUAACCUUACCCACAUCAUAGCAUCGUCCUUCAUGCGAUUGAAUUCCAUAUCUCAUCUCCUCGCACGUUCACUCAUCCUAUUUCAUGUGAAUGUACUCGUGCAAGAACUAGUCAAGAUCAAUAUCAAUAACAAGGAGAAUGUAGCUCUCGUCCUCGCUCGUGCAUCUGCCGUAAACGUUGUAAAAGAUAAAGUGGAUCGCACUACACGACCACACCAACAACAACAACACGAAGGACAAAACAACAACAACAACAACAUCAACAACGAAGUUGCAACUUGUUCAGCUUCAUCAGCUACAGCUCCUGCAGAUUGUCGCUCAUACACCAUCCCACCUUCUCCGUUCUUUCCUGGUCGUUCUCCACAAUCUACACACCAGCAUUUUCAUCUACCUCCUGAUCACCUAACAAUCACCACACCUACUCAGCACACAGAGGACACAACAUCCACAUCACCCGCGUUCUUUCCAGAGAAGACAUCGCCAACAAACUAUUUUUACAGCAACUUGAGGAGUAUUCAGCAACUGCAUCACCUUCUUGGAUCUCCUAGGAUGCAAGCUCCUUUUACUGUGAAAAGCGUUGGUCUAGGGUGGUCUGCGCCGUCGUUCCCUGAGCAUUCUCCUGCAGCGGCAGGAGGCGGGUCUAUAUUUUAUGGCGGCAAAUGAAUUUGAGUUCUUGUUGUACUAGAUGAUGAUCAUGAGGUGAACGUCGAGUCCUCUCGUAUUGGGGAUUGUAAUUCCACAGGCGGGAUCCAGUUCAGUGCCUAUCAUGAUGUACUUCCUCCAUCAUGUGAGAUACACAAAAAAUUAGUAUCAGAAUUGCUCGUCCACGUCCUCUUCUAAUUUUCAAACGUUUCCACUCCUGCGAAAAUCCAAGGAAUUGUCAUUGGCGGCAAGGGCGUUACUAGUACCUCAAAACAAGCUAUUCCCCAAACUCCAGCAACAAACUCUGGAGCAAGUGUUGUUCCGGCUACAAGCAGUACCUCGAAUUCAGCAGCAACUAUGGUAAGCGAGAAGCCCAGAUCUAAGUCUCCUAUUGGUGGUGGAGCUCCUUUAAUAACUUCAACUACAGGCGCAGCUGGCCUUCUCAACAACCCAGCAAGUGCUGCCAUGGCUCUCGCGAGCGCAAAAAGUGUCUUGCAGCCGCGAGUUGGCGCUUUGGCAACGCCAUCGUCUGCGGCGUGCCAGAUGGGUAUUAGCAAUCUGCUAGUGGGUAAGAACAUUCAUCCGGCACCAAGACCUCAACUGCACACUUCCACUUCGGCAGGAGCCAUACAAACGAAUCAUGUGUCCACCAGUACAACCUCUUCACCGAAAGCUAAGAUGAACGUGAGCCUAAGCCCAGGUGGAUCGGUCAUUCAGAGACAUCCUGCUGCGACCGUCGAGUCUUUGUUGGCUGACGUGGUAUUGCGAAAUCAACUUUCGUACGGUAGGGGUGAGACAACACCAAUUUUGAAAUAUGGCACUGCUGGAUUUCGAAGUAAGGCAGAAAAUCUCAAAGCGUGUCUCUUUCGAAUGGGCUUGCUUGCAGCAUUGAGGGCGAGGCAGACGGGGAGAGCGACUGGUAUAAUUCCAACGCUUGGAACUUCCUUCUAAAUGCUUUUCUUGUUCACCUGUUCUCUUCUAAAGUAGACUUCUUGCUUCAUUUUAAGCAUCAACCAGGACCUCCACCCUCCUCUCACUCGUCUACUUUUCAUCAGGUGUCAUGAUCACCGCAAGCCACAAUCCUGUGCAAGACAACGGUGUCAAGUUAGUUGACCCGUUUGGGGAUAUGCUAGUAGAGUCUUUCGAGGAAAUCGCGACUAGCCUGUGCAACUGUCCUGACGAAACCUUGACGGAACAGCUUCGUGAUAUUAUCAAUACUCAUGGAAUUGAUGUGGUACUGACCACAAUGCUCUUCUUGUAGUUAGAAGUAUUCGAAAACUCAAAAUAACCGAGUGACUGACUGAAAUAUGGGAGGUAGCUUAGCGUCAAGGCUACCUUUCCUUCUCAUCAGUAUCUCGGUUAUUCUGAUCAGUUACUCGCUUAUUUCAGUUUUUCGAGUAGAAGAUUUGAGAAGUUUGGUCUUCAACCUCACAGUCACUGCUGUCAUGUCCAUCUUGAAACACGACCUCGACCAUUCUCUUUCUCAACAUACUCAAAAACUUGCAGCUAUUUUCCGGAUGAAAAUAACUUCCUGAAUCUUCUUGCCCAUAACACAAACAAUCCACCAGACUCGUCCAGCCCUCGUUUUUCUCGGAAGCGAUACACGCCCUUCUUCCCCAGACUUGGCUCUAGCUGCGAUUGAGGGUGUCGCAAGUAUGGGUGGUAAUCCCAGAUAUAUGGGAACCUGUACAACGCCACAACUCCAUUUCUACGUCCGAAGCUUUAAUAAUCCGAGCUAUGGGGUACUUGUUUUGAUGUUGAACUUGAGAUGAAGUUGAAGAUAGUACAUGGUGAUCCCCCGUUCUUGUGUAUAAUGGGUAUGCAUAUAUUCUACUUCUCGUUACAUUUUUUCGUUGUAAAUUCUACUUCUACAACUUCAUUUUGUCGUUCAUCCUUGUUAAAUGCGACACUUUUUUCGCUUCAAGUUCAGUCGACGCAUAGACCCCUCCUCACACGACCAGGUACCUGACAAUUUUGGUUAUCGGUCCAAGUACUCAGCGGCUUGGAACCGAUUUGUGUCGCUUGACGAAAAUCCUACCAAGCAACGGUACGUGCCUCACGUCUUCGUCGAUGCAGCCAAUGGCAUUGGUGCCAAAACUGUCCGUUUGUUCCAGCUUGCCGCACAACAAGAAGACGGGAGUAGUUCUGCUUCUGACCAGCAUAGUUUCUUGUCAGGUUUAUCCAUGACAUUGUUCAACCAAGGCGAAGGUGAACUGAACAAAGGUUGCGGAGCUGAUUUCGUCAAGACGAAGGGAGCGCCGUCAGCCGGAAGCAGUGGCCAAGUGGGUAGAUAUGCCGCUUUUGACGGAGACGCGGAUCGACUCAUUUAGUAUGGCCACGAAGAUAUUCACCUGAAACUUCUGAAUAGUUCUUGUAGUAGAUGCAAAAUAAAAUCAGACAAGAACUUUUUUGUUUUUCUUUCUCCUCAGAAGUGUCUGAUCCUCAACAAGUUAUCUCCUCUACUUCACAAUUGCUCCCUCACCUCCUCUACUUCACAAUUGCUCCUUCCUCCUUCAUCCACUCUACAUCCUGCACAAAGACGAAGAGCAGAACCAGCUUCUUUUCGCCCUUUUAGAUGGCGAUCGCAUCGCCACGCUCUAUGCAAAAUUCCUUGGCGAAAAACUUGCCGUUUUGGGUCUGAACGAUGGCAAACUAGACAUCGGGCUUGUCCAAACGGGCUAUGCGAAUGGAGCCUCAGUAGCACACGGACAGACCAUGCUGAAAGGGCGCAAACCCGUCAUCGCCAAGACCGGAGUGAAGUUCUGCCACGCCAAAGCAAAAUACAUGGACGUAGGCAUCUACUUUGAAGCAAAUGGCCAUGGAACGAUAGUCUUUUCCGACAAAUUCGUCUCUUCAGUGAGCUCCUUCAUCGCAGGUGGAGGAGUUGUAGGUGGCUUUCUUCCAGGUGCGGGAGAGGCAAGACCGGCACCAGGGGCUACGGUAUUUGUUGACUUCGAUAAAUUGUUGACUCCUUCGAUCUCAUUUCUCUCAAUCAAUCCCCACGACCAUCGAUUUAAGCAUUCAUCUGCCCCAAAACAAACAUCAACAGCACGCCCAAUUCAUAGCUGCCCAGCAACUUCUUGCUUUCCGCGAUUUGAUCAACGAAGCAGUCGGUGACGCUUUUAGUGACAUGUUAGCAGUUGAGGCUGUCCUACGGCUCUACGACUGGAGUGAGCAUGAUUGGCUAGCAGAAUAUGAAGACUUGCCAAAUCGGUUAGCGAAAGUGGAAGUACCGGAUAGAACGAUGGUCUUAUGGCUCAACAAGUAGAUCAUGCUGUAUUUUGAUCAUGGUGUUUAGCGUUUUUUUUGAUUUUUGAUCAUGAUGAUUAGCGUUCGGUGACUCUGUCUUUGUGAGUGUCCCCGCCCAUCACGCACUCGAACCAUCUCCUUUUCUCUAAUCUCUGAAACCCUCCCCGAUGAUGAGACCAUCUGCACCGCACCCGCUGGUUUACAGGAGAGCAUUGACCAUCUAGUAACUCGCAUCCCACAGGGCAGGGCUUUCGUAAGGCCUUCUGGUACAGAGGAUGUGAUCCGAGUAUACGCGGAAGCUGCCUCAGAAGCGGACGCCGACUUCUUGAUCCAGAAGGUGUCGGAUUUAGUCAAAGAUUUCUGUCCUCCUCCAUCGCCGUGAGGGGAAGGGGAUGAACAGAGGAACGUCCUCAAGAAGAAAAAUAGCUUUGGAGAAGAUGAUGAGCUAGCUAAAGAUACUACUUCUAGUUCUAGUACUAGACGAUGUUGAAACAAAAAACUGCACUCACAGAACCAUGUUUUGUUCACUUUUGAGUGGACGCAGUUACAGUUUGUUGUGAUACUUGUUAAAGAAUUCCAAAUACUAGUUGAAUUCGUUUAGUUACAAGUUCACCAUGAAAUCAGUCCUCUUGAACAAAUUAAAUAACAAUUUUUAUUACAGAAGUUCUAAUCAUGUCUAUCAUGUCAACAUAUUUUCAGUUUAUUUCCAUGACUUAUCUGGUCAUUAAGGCGACCUUUUGAUGCUCAUCGGAGAAGUAAAAUCGUGCUGGCGUCUUCACGUUUGUUCUUUCGACAGAAUCGAAUGUGCUUGAGAUUUCUUCCAAAAUCCGUGGUUGAAGGUAUGAGUCUGAUCUCUGUUAUCGUUCUCGUUGAUACCGCUGGGCUGCAUGAUGUCCGAUGUUGGGACGACGAGAGAGCGAAAUAGAAAAAUCAAAUCCGCGGUUUUUGUGUCACUGUUUCACCUACUUGAGUUGUUCCCAGUCUUUGCUGCGUCGAUGAUACUUUUAGUUUUAAUCGCUACAACAUCACAGUGAC